AUGCUGUUUUUACUGAAGGUUGUGCAUAUUUUUGGCCCACUGUCUGCUUGGAUGUAUACUGUGGAAUGGCAGAAGAGAGGUCUUCCACACGUUCAUAUGCUAGCCCGGUGCCAGGAUAGAAUCCACCCUGCUGAUAUUGACAAAAUUAUAUCUGCUGAGUUGCCCGAUCCAAAUGCUGAUCCCCAGCUGCACAGCAGUGUUACAAAGCAUAUGAUUCACGGUCCAUGUGGUGACCUUAAUCCGAUAAGUCCAUGCAUGAAGAAUAAAAGAUGUUCGAAGCGGUGCCCUAGAGAUUAUUGCGGUCAAACCUGUACUUCGAAUGACGGCUAUCCCAUCUACCGAAGCCGUGACCCAGGUUUUGGUGGCCGGAAAGCUAGAGUUAGACACCGGUUAAUGACAUUCGAUGCUGAUAAUGCCUGGAUUGUUCCAUUCAACGUUUUGCUUUCAAAAACAUUUAAUACGCACAUUAAUGUUGAGUACUGCAGUUCGGUGAGAUGCAUACAAUACCCCUGCAUGUGCAUUAAUAAGGACGAUGAUAUGGCCGUGUUUGUGUUCAGUGAUGAAGACCUUAGACAUGAUGAGAUUAAACAAUUCGUUUUGGGUAGGUAUGUAUCUUCCAAUUAUGCAGCGUGGCGCAUUUUUGGAUACGAGAUUCAUCUAAGCUCACCAUCAGUUUUCCAUCUGAAUGUUCAUUUAGAGAAUAGACAGUUGGUUUACUUCACAGAGAAAAAUGCACGUGAAGCCAUUGAAAAUCCAAAAGGGACUACGCUUACAGCGUUUUUUGAAUUGUGUUCAGUUGAUGAGUUUGCUGCUACUCUCAUUCACCCUGAAGUACCGGAAUAUUACACAUGCAACAACAAUAAAUGGAAGCGCAGGUCACAUGGAACAGAACUUGACAAUUGGCCCGGUGUUUCUAGGAAGAAUGUCAUUGGGCAUGUGUAUAAUAUUCAUCCUACCAAACAGGAACUCUUCUUUUUGAGAAUGCUGCUUCAUGUAGUUACUGGCCCGAAGUCUUUUGCUGAUCUUCGCACGUUUGAUGGUGUCAUCUGCGACACUUACGGGGAAGCAUGUUUGAGGCGCGGACUACUUCUCAAUGACGACCACUUACACAGGACACUAGCAGAGGCCUCAAAUUGUGGUACUGGUAAAACUUUCCUUAUCAGUUUGAUUCUCGCAAAACUGCGCGCUGAACGUCGAAUUGCCAUUGCAUGUGCCUCCAGUGGUAUUGCGGCGACACUGCUUCAAGGCGGCCGUACGGCACAUUGUGCAUUCAAAUUGCCCAUGGACAUUGGAAAAAAAGAUAAUCCUAUAUGUAAUAUAGAUCGUAGGUCCUCAAGAGCAAGACUUCUUCGUGAAUACAGUCUUUUUAUUUGGGAUGAGGCUACAAUGAGUAAUAAGGCCAUGUUUGAGGCUCUUGACAGAACCCUCCAAGAUUUUCGUCGCAAUACAAGAAUAAUGGGUGGAGUUACGUUUCUCAUGGCAAGAGAUUUUCGACAAACUCUUCUUGUUGUCCGAGCAGGCACUCGAGCCGAUGAGGUUAAUGCAUGUAUAAAGCAUUCUUAUGUGUGGCACAGUGUAAUCAGUCGUCAUCUUGAAACAAACAUGAGAGUCCACCUACGUGGUGAUGUGGAGUCUGAGGCUUUCGCAAAACAGCUAUUAGAUCUUGGUGAUGGAUUUUUGCCUUUGGUUGAUGAUGAGCAUAUUCGGUUGCCUUUUGGCAAUUUCGUUCCAAAUGUAGAAGACCUUAUAAGGGCGGUUUUACCUGACGUCGAAACCAACUUCCAGGAUCUCGAUUGGCUAAGGACGAGAGCUAUUCUAUCGCCUCAUAAUACAGCAUCUGAUGCUACUAAUAAACAAGUGCUUGAUAUGAUUCCUGGUGAGGAAGUUUCUUUCAUGUCCAUCGAUACAAAUAAAGAUGAGAAUGAUUUUAAACGCUAUCAAUUUCCGAUAAAACUAUGCUUCGCGAUGACAAUCAACAAGUCACAGGGACAAUCACUGGACAUUGUAGGCGUUAACCUGUCACAACCGGUCUUCAGUCAUGUUCAGUUGUACGUAGCCUGUUCUCGAGUUGGAAAUCCGCAUAACCUCUUCAUUCUUGACGAUCAUGAGCGCACAAGGAACGUAGUUUAUCAGGAGGCUCUUACAAAACAAGAUUGA